GUUUGUGCUUCAGCAUAAAAAAGCGCAAGAACAAAAAUCGAUAUGACUUGUUUGAUUAAUGAUUAACACUUAUUGAUUGUUUUACUGAUUAGGACCUGCGUUUGAGUAACCCAGUGUUCGCUUGAGGGUGUUUGGAUUUUAAGCACUUUUCUUUUUAAAUUUUUUUUUAUUUAUCUUACUUUAGGAUUGUAUAAUUUCGACCUGAUAUUAAUUCGUAGAAAAGCUCGACUUUUACUUAUCAGCAGAAAUCUCAGUCUAUUAAUUCUCUCUGAGCCAGUUUUGAUCUUCAGAAGACUCAAAAAAUGGACUUUUUACUGAGAUUUGUUCUUCUGAUCAUCUGCAGUGAACUGAACUCUGGGUACCACAGUCCGCUGAAUGACUUCCAGCGCUCUGAGGGAAGGGAAUUGGUUCCAACUCACUGGAACUCAGCUCGAGUAUUGAUAUCACCGGGUCUUAGCCUGGAGGAAUGUGCCAAAAACUGUGCACAGUCUCUGGACUGCAGAGCUUUCAACUUCGAGGCUCGUUCAGCCAACACAUGUAAACAUUUGCCAUGGGUGGGUGAUGGGACUAACGCUGAGGUGAAGAGAAACGUUAAUUGUGAUCUUUACGAGAAGAAAGUUUAUGUAAGGAAAUGCAUCGUGGGUAAAGGGGAAGAUUACAGAGGCAAAGUCUUCACCACAAAAAGUGGGCUUACCUGUCAGCAGUGGUGGUCCAAGUAUCCUCAUGAUCAUAGGUGGACUCCCACUACAUCCAACGGUCUGGAGCUGAAUUACUGUAGGAAUCCAGAUGGGGAUCGUAUUGGACCGUGGUGCUAUACCAACGACCCUGAGAGGCGCUAUGAAAGCUGCAAUAUUCCCCAGUGUAAAGAUGAUGUCUGUAUCACGUGUAAUGGAGAAGACUACAGAGGGCAGGUGGACCACACUGUGAGUGGCAAAGAGUGCCAACGAUGGGACCAGCAGUACCCUCACCAGCACAUCUACCAACCUGAAAAAUAUCCAGAUAAGAGUUUGGAUGAUAACUAUUGCCGUAACCCAGAUGCAUCUCCGGUCCCCUGGUGUUACACCACUGACGCUGCAGUGGAGAGGGAGAACUGCGAGAUCAGCAAAUGCAUUGAGGUCCCAAAGAUCCACCCACGUUCCAGCUUCACCACUAACUGUUUCCGAGGUCGUGGAGAAGACUACCGCGGUAAAGUGAAUGAGACCACAUCAGGGAUCCCCUGUCAGCGAUGGGACACCCAGCAGCCUCACGAGCAUCCCUUCUACCCAAACACAUACGAAUGCAAGGGUUUGGAGGAGAACUACUGCCGUAACCCAGAUGGGUCCGAGGCUCCUUGGUGCUUCACCUCGGUGCCAGAGAUGAGGACGGCUCUGUGCUUACAGAUCAAGCGUUGUGCAGAUGACAUUGAAGCUGAAGACUGCUAUCAUGAGAAUGGAAAAAACUACAGAGGCACAGUUCGCAAAACCCGUAAAGGCAUCAUCUGCCAGAAGUGGAAUGUUAACACACCUCACCACACCAAGAUAAACCCAGGAACGUAUCCUAAUGCCAACCUGACAGAGAACUACUGUCGCAACCCAGAUGGAGACCAGCACGGACCCUGGUGCUACACCACUGACCCCAAGACGGAGUUUGACUACUGUGCCAUCAAACAGUGUGCUGGAGAGAGAGUGGCUGUGACAGAACCAGUAGAGAAAGUUGUGUUUAAUGAGUGCGGGAAGAGAGACGAUCGUAUACUGCGCUCACGGCUUCGUAUUGUUGGUGGGAUUCCUGGGAAUGCGCCAUGGACAGUGAGCCUCAGAGACAGAAGAGGAAAUCAUUUCUGUGGUGGAUCCCUGGUUAACGCCAGAUGGGUGAUCAGCACCAAGCAGUGCUUCUCCUCCUGCUAUGUGGACCUGCCCGGGUACUCGGCCAUGUUGGGGACAGUGUACCGUGAUCCCCAAGAAGGAGAGCCUGAUGUACAAACCAUUCCACUCACCAAGAUCGUCUGUGGGCCCUCUGAGUCUCAGCUGGUCAUGCUACAACUAGAACAAGCUGCACAGUUUAACGAGCGCGUCUCUCAGAUCUGUCUUCCUCCUGAGCGUCACACUGUACCAGAGGAAACAAUUUGUGAGAUUUCUGGAUGGGGCGAGACAAAAGGGUCUGGAAAUGAGACUGUCCUACAAGUGGCUCACAUACCAGUAAUUACUAAUAAGGACUGCAACAAAUACUUCCGUGAUCGUGUCCGUGAGAAUGAAAUGUGCACAGGCACCUUUCAUGGUGGCGUAGGUGCCUGUGAGAAAGACUAUGGCGGACCAUUGGCGUGUCAGUACAGCGACUGCUGGGUGCUGGAGGGUGUCAUCAUUCCAAUGAGGCGCUGCGGAUACCAAGGGCAGCCCAAUAUCUUCAUCCGUGUUUCGUACUAUGUGGACUGGAUCAAGAAGGUCAUGGAAAUGGCGUAAACAGCUAGGUGACGAAAUCCAAUGGGGACUGAGUAAAUCUGCUUAUUACCAGCUUAUCAUGCAACUGUACAUGUUUUCCCCUCUGAUAUGUUCCUUUUACAGUGCAACUGUUAGUAACACAUAAGUAUUAUUCUUCAUAAUAUGCACAUAUAACUUGGAAAUGUAUUGAUAUACAGUAUCACAGGUUGUCUUUUGUUUCUGUAAAACGUUCAGAGAAGAUACAUCAACUUGUUAUUUCUAAUUAAAAUUUGUUAUUUAAAGGGCUCAU